UGUUGUAGAUAUAGUGCUAGUAGUGAAGCAACAAAGAACAAACCAAACAAAAUAGCAUUUCAAUUUCAACUAGUGUUCACUUAGUUACAUCAUUCAUUUUCACUUUUCAUAUAUAAUAACAUAGUGUGUGUGAGUGUGAGUGUGAGUGUGAGUGUGAGUACAAACUAUAGAUAGCUCUAAUGGAGACACAUGGUGAAAUAAGGGUAUCAAAGUUCAAGAGGGUUUGUGUCUUUUGUGGGAGUAGUCCUGGCAAGAAAACUAGUUAUCAUGAUGCUGCCAUUCAACUUGGAAAUGAAUUGGUGUCAAGAAAUAUUGAUCUAGUUUAUGGAGGAGGAAGCAUUGGACUAAUGGGUUUGGUUUCACAAGCUGUUCAUGAUGGUGGUAGACAUGUCAUAGGAGUUAUUCCCAAGACACUCAUGCCUAGAGAGCUAACUGGUGAAACGGUGGGAGAAGUAAAGGCUGUAGCAGAUAUGCAUCAAAGAAAGGCUGAGAUGGCUAAGCACUCAGAUGCUUUUAUUGCCUUACCAGGUGGUUAUGGAACACUAGAGGAGCUUCUUGAAGUCAUAACCUGGGCUCAACUCGGGAUUCACGACAAACCGGUGGGAUUAGUAAAUGUCGACGGAUACUUUAAUUCGUUACUGUCAUUCAUUGACAAAGCUGUGGAAGAGGGAUUUAUAAGUCCGAAUGCACGCCAUAUAAUUGUAUCAGCAUCUACAUCAAAAGAGUUAGUGAAGAAAUUGGAGGAAUAUGUCCCUUGUCACGAAGGCGUUGCGUCCAAGUUGAGCUGGCAGAUGGAACAACAGCUAGCUUAUCCUGAAGAGUAUAACAUCUCGAGGUAGUAGCUGAAUGUUUAGUUUACUUGAUGUGCAAGGAAGAUGAGACUAGAUAGAAUUUUGGAGGUAGCUGAGUAUAACAACAUCUCAAGAAGCUAUAGUGGAAUAUCCCUAUUCUGUUUUUCUUUUUUCCGCAUGAAGUAAUUUCUUUUGUAAA